AUGAUGAUUGUCAUUACACGUAAAUAUGUUAAUAAAAUUAGUUUAAGAACAAACAUAACUUGAAAGUUAAGUUUAGAUAAAUGAUCUAGAAAAAUUGAAUAAAUUAGAGUCUUACAAUUUAGAUUGUGAUAAAGACUUACUUAAACUUUAAUAAUCUUUACUUACUUGGAUGGAAAUAUAAAAAAAUAAAAAUUAUUUAGAGGAUGAUAUGAAUAAUCUAUCAGCAUUAAAACUAGUUAUUGCAAAUAUAAAAAACAAUGAGAAUCCUGAGUUGGCAAGUAUUAAAUAUUUCUUAAUGUAGAAUUAUUUCAAUAUAGAUAAUCUUAUAUAGAAGUAGUAAAUUAAAUAAGUUUAAGUGAAGAAACAACAUUUAAUAAAUGGAGAUAAGAAGGUCCGUAAAAGCUUAUUCAAUCAAUGAAUCUUAUUGAACAAGCUGAAUCAAUUGAAGAUAUACUUAAGUAUUGCACUUAAAUAGAUUAAAUGAUCAAUCUUCUAAUAAAUGAAAGAGAAGAGUUAAAACAAGAACUUACUACAUAGCAGGUAAGACUAAUUGAACUAAGAAUAGUUGCUUGUAGAUAAAUUGGAAGAAAAGUCAAAAGAAGUUUAAAAAGCACUGGAAUAAUGUCGGUUGAAAUAAUAACAAUAGUCUGUAAAAGAUACUGAAUGCAAUGAAUAAGAAGUUUAAUAAAAAUUGGUUAUAGAAGAUAAUGGAUUAAUACAUGAAUCAUCAGUUGAUUAGGAAAAACCAGUUUUUGAGAAUACAAUAGAAAAAGAAAAAGAUUUCAUAGAAUAUGGAUAUGGAUAUUGGUUAAGAUUUUUGACACUCUAUCCAAAAAGAUUAGAAAAUGGAAAGAAUGCUCCUUGGUAUUUUUUAAGUAGAUUAACAUUAAAUAAAAAUUAUUAAAAUAUAGCUAUGAACGAUAGACUUUUAGCAUUAUGGUUAGGUUAAGGAUUCUAUCAUUUUACUACAUGUGAUUUAGUGUAAAAUUAACCAAAUUUGAUUUAGAAUAUUAAUCAUCAUGAUGAUAUUGAUGGAUAAUGGACAUAUAUUUACUAUUCAUACAAUUCUAUAUUUAAAUAAGCUAUUGGAAUAAUAUAAUUUGGAAAUGAAAAUCCAUAAUAAAUUACUCAUAAUGUAUUACAUACAAAAUCUAAAUAUUUAAGAUUCUUGGUUGGUGGAAAAGAUAAUAAUUAAUAUCCUGGAUUUAAUGGUUAAUUCUCUUCAAUUUUUUUAUCAACAAAUUAAGGUGUUUUUAUUCCUAGUCUAGAUAAAUUUAUUGAUUCAUUUAAAACGGUGAAAAUACCGACAUAAGAUUUUGAAUCCAUAUUUAGAGUUUAAUUGAUUGAUUAAGAAAUUACUAGAAAUCCAUCACUUGAAGGUGAUUAUAUGGCAGUAGGUGGUGGAUCAAAGAAAUUUCCACUUGAAUAUUCUUUAAGUGGUUGGUUUAAAUGGGAAGAUAUUACUUAAUAAGUAUGGCAUUCAGUAUUUAGAGUUCAAAUUAAUAAACCAUCAACAGAUAAAUUUCUUGGAGAUAGAACAUUAUGUAUGUUUAUAGGAACAGCAUAAGGAGGAAUCUUUCAUUUUCCUACUUAUUCUUAUUAAAAUAUGAAAGGUGAAGGAACAUCCAAUUUAGUAAAUAAUAUUAAUCAUAAAAAUAAACAUAUCGAUUGGUUCUUUGUAUAUUUUGGUUAUUCUAAAAAAUUAAAAAAAGCUUUUGUUUAAGUAAGAUUAUCUUCAGGUAUUGAAACUUUAGAAUGCACAAAUGUCAAUCAUUAUUUUACUCCUUAAUUUCAUACAUAUGUUGGAAAGGAUGAACAUUUCCCUGGAUUUAAUGGUAAAAUUGCUUAUGUGAAUUUUGUACUUGGAUCAGGAUCUUAUAGAAAUAAACCAGAUUUCAUUAUUAAAGAUGAUUUAUUUGGUUACGAUGUUGGAGAUAUAAAUCUUAUUAAAAAAACAUAAAAGCAAAUUGAUUAAUAAUAAAACACCUAACCAAUAAAAGAAGAACCUUAAGUAAUUAAACCAUCAUUUUAAGAUAAUGAAGAUAGAGAGGUAUCUUUUGAAACUAUUGCACCUGUUCUUGAAGAAGAAUACGAAGAACCCAUUUAAAUGUAUGGAUAUGGUUUUUGGCUCAGAUUUAUGCAUGUGUAUCCAAAACGACUUUUAUAAGGUAAAAAUGCUCCUUGGUAUUUCAUUUCUCGAUUAACAUCAAAUAAAAAAUAUGAUAAUGUUUAAAUGGGAGAUAGAUUAUUAGCCAUUUGGUUAGGAUAGUCAUAUUAUCAUUUUACUACAUGUGAUAUAUAAAAGAAUUAAGGAAAUAUAAUAUAAAAUAUUGAUUAUCCUACAGAUAUAGAAGGAGUGUGGACCUACAUCCAUUAUUCAUACAAUAAAUAAAGUUAAAUGGCUAAUUCAUUUAUAAGAUAUUCAUAAACUGAUAUUUAAUCUAUGAGUAUUCAAGCUCAACAUCCUAAUAUUAAUUACUUAAAGUUUAUUUUUGGAGGAAAUGAUGAAAAUAGAUAUCCAGGAUUUAAUGGAUUUAUUUCUAAAAUAAUGAUAACUAUAUCAAAAGAUAAUUUAUUAGAAACUAAAGAUCAAUUUAUAGAAUAUAUCUCAAAAUUAGAACAACCAAAAGUUGGUUUAAUUGAUUAAAUAACUUAUGAAAUAGUAUAAACAGAAAUGGAAAGAUAAGAAUCUGAUGAUCCAAUAGAUAAAACUUUAAAUGAUUCUAAUUAACAAUUCCCUUAAGAAUAUGCCAUUAGUGGUUGGUUUAAAUGGAUUGGAUCUUAGAGAUCAGCAUGGCAUAAUAUUUUUAGAGUUUAAAUUUAAUCACCUUCGACAGAUAUUUAUUUAGGAGAUAGAACAUUAUGUAUGUGGCUUGGAUCUAUAGAAGGAGGAGUCUUGCAUUUUCCAACCUAUUCAUAUGAUGAUAUUAAUACUAAAAGCAAUCCAAAUUAUUAUUAAAAUAUUAAACACAAUCAAAGACACUUGGAAUGGUUUUAUAUUUAUUUUGGAUAUUAAAGAACAACAAGAUUAGCAUAGAUUUAAGUAAUUUGGCCUACAGAAACAUAGGAUUUAUUGUAUUAAAAUAUCAAUCAUUAUUUGACACCUUCAUUUUAUUUGUUUAUUGGAAAAGAUAAAUUUUAUCCAGGUUUAUAAGGAAAGAUGGCUUAUGUUUAUUUCAAUCUUGGUAAUGGAUCUUUUUAAACUAAAAAUGAAAUUUCAGACACAGUUGAAUCAUAUUUGAAAGGUAGUCAAGUUAUAAAACCUUAAAUUCCUCUCUCUUAAUAAAAAUAAUUAAAUCCUUCAUAAGAAAUUAAAUAACCUGAUUAAGAACCAUAAAAAUAACUCUAAGGUUCUCAUUAAAUACCUAUUUUAGGAUCUGAUCCUCUUUCAAAUGAUAAUACAGAUGAGAAUUAUUCAGAAACACCUGAAUUAAAAUCGGCUGUUCCGUCUGAUCAAAUUGAUUAACCUUAAUUUUAGGAAUAGAUUAAGAAUAAAGAUACUCCUACAAAUCAGCCUCUGGUAAAAUAAUCAACCAUUCCUUAAUAAUCAACUAUAAAUCAGUAAUCAGAAUUAACUAAAGUUGAAUAAAUUAAUAAUAAUUCAGAUUAAAAGUAAAAUAUUAAUCAAACUAAAGAAAUUACUUAAACAGUAGAUUAAAUUACUGAAUAAAGUAAAAAAAAGGACGAAGCCAAUUAAUAAAUUAAUUUAACUAAUUAAAAUUAAUAAAACAGCUAAACAGUUAAUGUUAAAGAUGAAAAGGUUUCAUAAACUACAUCUUAAAUUAAUCAAAAUAGUUAAUAAACAAAAUAGUAAGUUACUUAAUAAGAAAAUUAAUAAAUCUAAAAAAUUAAUGAAAAAACAUAAGUUACAAAUCAGACAACAUAAUAAACUAAUGAAACGAUUUAAUAAAAUAGUAUAACAACCUAAUAAAGUAAUGAAAAAAAUUAGGAAAAUACCAAUAUAUCAUAAUAAACUAAUAAAACUACACAAAAAACAGAUGAUUCUAUUUAAUAAGGAAAUCAAAAUACAUAAAUAGCUAAUCAAAAAACAGAAACAAGUAAAUAAGCACAACAAUAAUCAAAUGAAAAUAUCUAAUAGACAAAUUCAAUGACUAAUUAAUAAACUAAAAACUCAUAGAAUAAUUAAACUACAGAAUAAAAAAAUGAAACUACUUAAUAGACUAAUUAAAUAACCUCAAUUGAUGAAACCAUCUAAUAGACUAAUUAAGCAAACUAAUAAAUAAAUAAAACUAGCUAAUAAAAUAAUGAAAAAACUUUAUAGACUGAAUAAAUAAACAAGAAAUCCUAAGAAACAAAUGAAGUAAUCAUAGAGUCUAAUAAAGAAAUUUAAUCAAAAAAUUAAAAAAAUUAAUCUGUCAAUGAAAAUACAAAAGAGGUAAAUGAAACAAGAUAAGAAGAAAUAAAAAAAGUAGAAGAAUAAUAGAUUAAAUAAAAGGAAUAAGCUGAGUUCAAAAUUAUUGAUCAUAAAAAUGAUGAUGUUAGCGAUUAAUAAACAAUAGAUAUGCCAAUUUAAGAAGGUGAUUUCUGUGUUUAAAAUGAAGAGGAAGAACCAGACAAAAUUUAAGAAGUUAAGAUAAUUCCUGGAUAAACAUAUGAAAAUGAAAUAUCAAAUGACAUAGAUGGAAAAAAUCCAAUUGUUGAUUAAGGAAUUACAGUUGCAAAUGAUUAUGAGGAAUAUGGUUAUGGUUUUUGGAUGAGAUACUUAACGUUGUAUCCAAAAGAACUAAUAAAAGGAAAGGAAGCUCCUUGGUAUUUUAUAAGUCGAUUGAGUCGUAAUAAAAAUUAUGAAAAUAUGAAGAUGAGUGAUAGAGUAUUAGCAAUAUGGUAAGGGGCAGGAUAUUAUCAUUUCACUACUUAUGAUAUUGAUGGUUUGAAGCCAAACGUGUUAUUGAAUGUUGAUUAUCCAAAUGAUAUUGAAGGAGUUUGGACCUACAUUUAUUAUUCAUAUAGUCGAUAAUCGGAGUAGGCAAUAGGACAUAUAAAAUUUGGAAAUUAAAAAUUUUCAACAAUAAAGUAGAAUGUGAAACAUGCUCCUACAAUUUACCUGAGAUUUAUCUUAGGAGGCAAUGAUUAAGAUAGAUAUCCAGCAUUCAAUGGAAUAUUUACAAAGAUUACUUUUGGUAUAAGAGCAGGAACAUUUAUUUAAUCAUCUGAGUAAUUAAUAAUGAAAUUAAAUGUACUUGAUGUACCUCAUAAAAUCAUAGAGUAAGUUUAGAGUGUGAGGAUAGUAGAAAAUGCAGAAGAACGAACUUCAUAGAAUAUAUAUGAAUAUAAAGAAAUAAAGAACAAGAAAGUAAAAUUCCCUACAGAGUACGCAUUAAGUGGAUGGUUUAAGUGGUCUACAUUGAUGGAGAAAGAGUGGCAUAACUUAUUUAGAAUAUAGAUUAGAAAGCAAUCUACUGAUAGUUUUCUGGGAGAUAGAACAUUAUCAUGUUGGUUAGGAAAGACUAGAGGAGGUGUUUAUUAAUUUCCUACUUAUACAUAUACAAAUAUGAUAGGUAAUGGUAAUGCUAAUUUAUAUAAAAAUAUAAAUUUAAAUGAUAGAAAUAUUAGAUGGCAUUAUAUUUAUUUUGGAUAUUCAAAAAUCAAAAGUUAAGCUAAUGUAUAUGUGAAAUGGUAGGAUGAUGAAGAUAAAUUACUCUAUGAAAAUGUUAAUCAUUAUUAUGUGAAUAAAUUAUAUGCAUACAUUGGGAAGGAUAAGUUUUAUUCAGGAUUAAAUGGUAAAAUGGCAUAUGUGGUCGUUAAUUUUGGAUUUGGAGCUUAUAGAAAUUAGAAGUAAUUUGAUGAAGAAAUCUUCAAUUUCAAUAUAGGAAUAAAGGAGUUGAUAAAAACUACAGAAGAUGUGUAAUUUUAACCAAUAAUAAAAUAAGAAAAGAUUGAGUCUAGUGGAUUUGAUUUAGAUUAACCUAGUUUUGAAUAGGUAGAAGAUGGUGAGAAACCAUUUAAUUAAUAUGGUUAUGGUUUUUGGAUGAGAUUUUUGACUCUAUAUCCAAAGAAAUUACAAAAUGGUAAAACAGCUCCUUGGUAUUUUGUUUCAAGAUUAACAUGGAAUCAAAAUUAUAAUGAUUUAAAUAUGGGAGAUAGAGUUUUAGCAAUUUUCUUAGGAAAAGGAUUUUAUUAAUUUUCAACAUGUAAUUUAAUUUCAAAGAAUACAAAUUAAGAAUAGAGAGUUUCUUAUCCAGAUAAUAUUGAAGGAGUUUGGACAUUUGUUUAUUAUUCUUAUAAUAAGGAAUUAGGAAAAGCUAUAGGAUUUAUAAGGUUUGGAUAAGAUAAAUUUUAACAGAUUUAACACACUUAAGUAACACAUUAGGAUACGAAAUAUUUAAAAUUGAUUAUAGGCGGGACUGAUUAGAAAAGAUAUCCUGGAUUUAAUGGAUAAUUUAGUAAGAUAUCAUUUUCUUCCAAAGAUGGAUCUUAUAUAGAUCAGGAGAAGAUAUUGAAAUCAUAUACAUUAGAAAGAAGAGUUUAAAAAGUUAUAACUAUGAAUGUCUUAGGAGAUUAAUAAUAGAGAAAAGCAGAUGAAGAAGGAGUGUUUGCUUAAAGUGAUAAAGUUGAUUUACCAACAGAGUAUGCUAUAAGUGGAUGGUUUAAAUGGUUAUUAAUAGAUAAAUAGAAACCAUUACAUAAUAUGUUUAAAGUGACAAUUAGAAAUCCUUCAGAUGAUUAAUUAGGAGAUAAUACUUUAGUUGCUUAUGUAGGUAUUAAAGAUCUUUAGUUUUCUACAUACUCUUUUGAGAAUAUGGAAGGAAGUGGCAAUAAGAAUAUCUAGAGAAGUAUUGAACAUAAGAAUAGACAUUAUAGAUGGUAUUUCAUUUAUUUUGGAUACUAAUAAGAUAAAUCAACUUGUCAUAUACAUGUUUAAUGGUCUGAGGAAAUGUAAUAAUAGGGAUUUACUAAUAUUAAACAUUAUUUAACCAAUUAAUUUUUCAUUUAUAUUGGUAAGGAACCCCUUUCAACUGGAUUUAAUGGAUUGAUUACUUAAAUUAAAUUCAAUAUUGGUGAAGGAGCAUAUAAAUAAACUACUGAUUACAAAGAUAAAGAUAACAUUUUUGGGUUUGAUUUGUAAACCAUUAAUAAGGAAAUUAAAUCAUUUGAUAUCAAUAAAUUUAAGGAGAAACUUAUUAUUGACUCCAAUAGUGAUGAAGAAUCUAAUUAUUUGAAAGUAUUUAAUAAAGAUGAAUUGGAUGAAGUAUUUGAAUACGGAUAUGGAUUUUGGUUAAGAUAUUUGAGGAAUUAUCCAAAAGUGUAGAUUGAUGGAUUAAAAACAGAAUGGAGUUUUAUUAGUAGAUUAACUAAGAAUGAUGUUUUGUAAGAUAUUACACUUGGUGAUAGAACUCUAGCAGUAUGGUUAGGUAAAGGAUUUUAUCAUUUUACAACAUAUAAUUAAUAAUUGGCCAAUAUUUUCAAUAAUGUUAAUCAUCCUGCAGAUAUUGAAGGUUUAUGGACAUUUAUACAUUACUCACAUAAUCUUAAUAAAGAAUAAAGUGUAUCCUUCAUAUAAUUUGGUAAUGAUAAACCAAUAAAAUCUGUAUAAUAGAGUAUUCAUCUAAUACCAUCUAUUUUGAAAUUCUAUUUGGGAGGUCGACACUUAAUUUAUAAAGGAUUUAAUGGUUAAAUCAGUGGAGCAUAUGUUAGUGUGAAUAAGGGUAUUUUUAUUGACAAAGAUGAAAAGUUUGAAGAUUUAAUUAAAUCUAUUCCAUCACCCACAACAUACAGAAUAGAAUUAGUUUAAAAUGUAUUAAUGGAUAAAAAUACUAGAUUUGAGAUGAAUUCAGAAGCUAAACAAUUUGAAUAUGAAAAUUAAAAAUUUAGUGAAUAAUAUUCUUGGAGUGGUUGGUUUAAAUGGUCAAGUGUUAUUUAAAACGCAUGGCAUUUAGCUGUUAGAUUAUCUACACUUGAAAAUUAUGAGAAUAAAAAUAGUUUAGGAGAUAGAACAUUAUGUCUAUGGGUUGGAUAAUAAGCAGGUGGAAUUCUUUAUUUUUCUACAUAUACUUAUACAGAUUUAUAUGGUUCAGGAAAUCCUAAUAGUGUAUAAAAUGUUCAAUAUAAAGACGAUAUUGCAAAAUGGCAUUUUAUUUAUUUUGGAUAUUCAAGAGUAAAAUAAAUGGCUUAUGCUAAAGUUGAAUUUGGAUUUAGAAAAGAAGAAAUUAUGUUUAAGGAUCAUCAUCAUUAUUUACCAAACAAAUUCUUCUUAUCAGUAGGUAGAGAUAAAUGGCAUGAUCCAUAUUUAGGUAAUAUUGCUUUUUUGAGAUUCUAAUCAGGUGAAGGAGCCUUUCAUCAAGGAGAAUUCAAAGAAAUCAAAGAUGAUUUAUUUGCCAAUAAAUUAGGAUCAAUGGAAUUAUCGAAAUCUAAAUUGAAAUUUGAUUUAGAUAAAGAUGCUACAACGAAGAUGUUUUCAUCUCCCUAAGUAGAAUAAAAGGAACCAAUAUUUUCUAAGAUCUAUAACGAAGAAGAAUUAGACAAUAUUUCUGAAUAUGGUUAUGGAUUCUGGUGUAGAUUUCUUACUAGAUAUCCAAGUCAAUUAAUUGAAGGAUUAAAAGCAGAUUGGUCUUUUAUAUCAAGAUUGACAAAAAAUUAAAAUAAAGGAGAUAUGAAUUAUGGGGAUAGAACAUUAGCUAUUUGGUUAGGAAAAGGAUUUUAUCAUUUUACAACAUAUUCUCAUAAAUAUGCUAAUAUAGUUCACAAUAUUGAUCAUCCUGGAGAUAUUGAAGGAUUGUGGACUUUUAUUUAUUUUUCUCAUAAUCUAUACAAGAAAGAAAGUAUAGCCAUGAUAAAAUUUGGAGAGGGCAAAGUAAUAAAGGGAGUGAUUCCAGCAAUUCAUUAGAGUCCAAUCUUUUUACAAUUAUAUAUUGGUGGAAACAAUAUGAAUUAUGCUGCAUAUAAUGGAUAAUUUGCAGGAAUAGUAUUUUCAAUUGGGGAAGGAAUCUUCUUAUAAAAUGAAACUGAUUUAGAAAGAUUAUUAGAUAAAUUGAAAAAGCCUAAUGAUUAUAGUCUUAAAUUGUCGACUAGAGAUAUUAUAGGAAAACCUAAACAAUCAUUUGUAGCUUAAGAAACAAUAUUUGAAGAUGUUCCAUUAGUUGGAUAAUAUUCUUGGAGUGGUUGGUUUAAGUGGAAAUAAAUGGGACAAUAAUUUCCUUGGUAUUUAAUGGUUAGAUUAGCAAUAAUUAAAAAUACAAGUGAUAUCAAAUUAUUAGGGGAUAGAACUUUGAUGGCUUUUAUGGGUCAAGGUUACAUUCAUUUUACAACUUAUAGUUAUAAGAAUAUUUAUGGAGAGGGUACACCAAAUAUUUGGUAAAAUAUAAAUCAUGAUGGAGAACACAUCUAAUGGCAUUUUGUGUAUUUUGGUUAUUCAAGAUAAUAGAGAUUGGCUUAUGGAAGAAUACAAUUUGAUGAUAGGAUUGAGUCUGUAUCAUUUAAGGAAACUAAUCAUUUUAUUCCCAAUUCAUUUGCAUUAACAAUAGGAAAAGAUAAAUGGUUUAAUUAAUAUAAUGGAGAUAUUGGAUUUUUUAAAUUUAAUACAGGAGAAGCUUCAUUCUAGAUGGAUAAUUAUGAUAAAGUUUAGAAUGAUAUUUUUGGAUUUAAAAUUGGUAGACUUUCAACUAUAAAUCCAAAUAAACCUUCUCCAGAAGAGUUAAGAUAACAUGAAUAUUUUGACAAUUCUUUAGAAAGUGAUAGUGUUUAUACAUUUGAAAUAUCAAAAGAUAUUUAUGAAGAAUCUUUAAAUUCUCAUGUUCCAGAAAUUAUAGGUGAAUAAGGAGAAAUUAUAAAAAGUGAUGAAUAAUUUGAGGAAGAGAAAAAAUCAAUAGAGAGAUAAUAAUAAGAAUUAAAAAAAGAGGCAGAAAAGUUUAAGAAUGAAAAAACAAUAGGAAUAGUAGAAAAUCAUUAUUAAUUCCCUGAUUAGGAUAAAUAGAGAGUAAUAUCAGAUGGACCAAUUGAUAUUAUUAAACCACCUUAAGAGAAAGUAUAGAAAGAGGGAGAGGAAAUCAUAAAAUAAGAUUAGUAAUAAUAAUAGAAUAAAGAAUAAAAAUCAGAUUGGGAAGGAUUGAGAUUUUAUGGAUAUGGAUUUUAUUUAAGGUAUUUGACAAUGUAUCCAUAAUAAUUAAGAGAUGGAAAGAUAGCUCCUUACUAUUUUGUUUCAAGAUUAACUUGGAAUCCAUAGCCUUAAGAUGUUGGUAUGGGAGAUAGAGUGUUAAGUAUUUUCUAAGGCUAAGGAUCAUAUAGUUUUCAUACUUUAGACAAACCUUCAAAUAAUCCAAAUCUUAGAACAAUAAUUCCAUAUGCUGAUAUAGAGGGAGUUUGGACAUUUGUUUAUUUCAGUUACUCUUAAGUAGAUAAGAAAGCUGUAGCAUUUAUAAAAUAUGAUGACAAUGCUGAAUUAUAGAGAAGAGAUAUAGUUUGCAACCAUGGAGAAGUAGAGUAUUUGAAAUUAAUGAUUGGAGGAAAAUAAGGAAUUUAUUAAGGAUUUAAUGGUUAGAUUGCUAAUUAUGCAUUUAAAUAUGGAAAAGGAGCAUAUAUAAAUGAUUUUGAAUUGUAUAAGAGGGUUUUGUCUAAUAGAAUACCACAUCCUUUUAAUGAUGAUUAUAAAUUUAAAUAAAUUAGUAUAAUUGAAGGUUCAACAAGUUUUAAGGGAGAUGAUUAGACUGAUAAUAUAAAGGAGAUAGAGAGUCAUUUCUAAAAUGAAUAUUCAAUAAGUGGAUGGUUAAGAUGGGAUUAAGCAAUAGGAUUACCAUUCUAUGCAAUAUUUAGAUUAAGUGGAUAUAAAGUAGAAGAGAAUAAUGAUUCAAAAUUAGGAGAUAGAGAUAUGAUGCUAUUCAAACAUACUUCUUACUAUUUAUUUUAAUCAUAUAAUUAUCAUAAUUUAAAUGGAGCAGGAGAUUUUGCAAUUAAUUGGUAAGUUAAUCAUUAAGAAUGGGAUUAAUUUUGGCAUUUCUUUUAUAUUGGUUAUAAAAGAGAAAAUAAAUAACUUUAUUAUUAUAUAUCAUUUAUUGAUGAUGAGUUUGAUUAAGUACAUAAUAACAUUCAUCAUUAUAUAAUUCAUAAGCAUUAUCUCUAAUUUGGUAGAGAUUGUAACAAAUUUUAUAGUAAAUUUAGAGGUUUCACAGGAUAAGCCACUUAAGUGAUGUUGAGUUAUGGUAAAGGAUCUUACCAAACAAAACCAUUUAAUAAUGAUAUCUUCCUGUAUAUGAAGGGAAUUAAAGAAUUGUUUUCAUCUUUAGAAUUGACAACUAAAGAAAGUGAUAGAAAUAAAUUGUUAAUUGCAGAUUCUGGUAAAUAAGGUACUUUGAUGGAUCUAGAAAUAAAUGAUGGUACAGAUUACAACAUUAGAGGAUUAAAUGAAUAUGGAUGGGCAUUAUGGUGUAGAUGGUCUAGAACAUUAAAUAAACCUAUAUAAUUUAAAGAUGCUUGGUACUCAAUUGCAAGAAUUGCCAAUCGAAAAGCACAUUAAGAUUUAGCUAUUCCAGGUGAUAGAACAUUAGCUACUUGGUUAGGAUAGGGAUUCUAUCUAUUCAGCACUUACUCUAGAGGAGUCUUAUAAUUAACAGAAUCCAUUCCCUAUGGUAAUAAAUUAGAGGGAUAAUGGAAUUUUAUAGUUUUUGUAUAUCGUAAAAAUGUAGCUAAGGCUAGUGUUUUAUUUGGAUAAGAUUCAAAUAUCAUUGAGAAAGAAUUUAAAGUUAAACACAAUUUAGUUAAAGAUUAUUUAAGAUUCAUAGUGGGUUCUGAAUUCAAUUAUAAAUUCUUUAAUGGACAUUUAACAAACAUUUAACUUAGAUUAGGUACUGGAGCAUAUUUAAGUAAAGAGGAAAUUGUUAUUAUUGCUAAUGGAGAAUUAGGAUUGCCCUCAGAUUCAAAAUUUGAUUAAAGUAGAAAAACUAUAGAAAUUAUUAAGGAAAGAAUUUCUAAUGCUGGAUAAGGUAGAGAAUUUGAUAUCAAAGAAGAAAUUGCUUAAGGAAAAUUAGAAUAUUCUAUUUCUGGAUGGGCUAAAUGGGUAGAUAUUCCAUCUAUAUAACCAUGGUAUGUAUUAUAUCGUGUAACUUAUUAUGAUUAUAAUGAAUUAUUGAAUAUGCAAAUACCAGGAUCCAGGAUCUUUUCAUGUCAUAAAGGUUAUGGAUUCUAUCAUUUUAAUACAUAUACUGUAGAUUAAGAGAAUGGAGGAGCAUGGUAAAUUGUAAAGAAUAUUGAUUAUGAUUAAACAUUACACAAAAAUUGGGUAUAUUUUUAUUAAGGAUAUUCUCAUUAAAAAUAAUAGGUUCAUCUUUAUUUAAAAUAUCCAGGAUAAGAAGAACAUUUUACAUUUACUAAAAUUAAUCAUUUUAUAGCUUAAAGAUUUAAGAUUCAUUUUCUUUUAGAUAGAUGGAAUCCAGGUUUUAAUGGAUAUAUUGAAAGUUGGUAUUUUAAUGUUGGUUAAGGAUCAUAUAAAGAAAAUGGAUUUGGAAUAGGUGAGAAUGAAGAAACUACAUUUGGUUUUGGAUUACAUAAACCAGCUUAACCAAAGAAUUGGUAAUUUGAUGAUAAUUAUGGUUGUGGAUUUACAUAAUAAAUUGUAGGUUAAGAAGUAGAAUAUAAAGAUGAUCUAUAAAUAGAUGGAUUAAUGGAAUAUGGAUAUGGUAUGUGGACUAGAUUUGCAUGGAAUACUCCUAUUAAAAUGGUUAAUAAACCAGCAUGGUUGUCUUUAUCAAGAUUAACAGUUAAUCCAAAUUAUUAAGGUGAUGCUGCAUAAUUAGGAGAUAGAGCUUUAGCUAUAUGGAUUGGACCUGGAUUCUAUCAGUUUGUCACUUCUACAAGAGGAAACUUUAAUGUUAUUAAUAAUGUAGAAUAUGAUCAAAUGUUAGAUGGAUAAUGGAAUUAUAUUUGGUUUGGAUAUAAACGAAUAAAUGAUAAAUAAGGUAGUGCUAUAGGAUAUGUAGUAUUUGAUGGAUUAUCAAUCAGAAAAACUAAUUUUGGAAAUAUUAUUUAAUAACCAUUGAAUGAUUAUUUGUAUUUAGCUGUUGGAAGUUCAGGCAGAUACUUUUUAGAUAGAUAUCAUUAAUUUAAUGGUCACAUUUAAAAAGUUUCAUUAAUAUUAGGACAUGGAGGUUUCUUUGAACAUGAAGAUUAAUUAAGAAAAUAAAUACCAGCUAAACCAGAAUUUCUUAGAAAUCAAAAAUUAUUUUCUAAAAUUGUUGUUGAUGAAGUUAAAGUACUUAAAAGAGAAGAAUGGGUACCAUCACCAGUUGAAUUCAUUGAUGAAUUUGAUGGUGCUUAUGAAUAUUCAGUUUCAUUAUGGUUUAAAUGGACUAAAAUAUAUAGAGUUGCGUGGGAAAAUGUAUUCUCUGUUUCUUAUAAUGAAUAAAAUAUCAGAGCUAAUCAUGCUAAACCUGGAGAUAGAGUUCUAUCAAUGUUUUAAUAUGCUGAUCAUCGAAUAUUCUUUAGUACAUAUACAACUCCUAAUAAUCAUGAUUAAUUUGCUCAUUUAUAUACUGAAUGUCCAGUAGAUAUUCCAUCAUAGUCUGAAUGGGUUUAUGGUUAUUAUGGUUAUAGUAGAAAUUAGAAUAAGGUGAUUUCAUAUUUACAAACAAAAACAUAAAAAUGUUUAAAGGCUUUAUCUUGUAUGCAUAGAGUACCUAAAUAUAUGGGAUUAUAUGUAGGUAAGGAUGGUAUUCAUACACCAUAUAAUGGUAAAUUUAGCAAAUUAUACUUUAUGGGGCAUUUAGGAUCUUAUAUUGAAGGUAAUUUUUAAUCUUUUGAACCAUUUGCAGCUGGAGGUAUUUCUAUAACAAAACCAGCUUAUUUUUGGAGUGAAUAGAAAGAAAGAUUUGAGAUUGCUUAUGAUUAGAAUAAAGUAUUUGAAUUAAAGCCAGAAGAGGUUGAUGAAUAGACUUCUUAUAGUAUAGGUAUGUGGACCAAAUAUUAUACUGCAAUUCCAAAAAGACUUCUUUAAAAACCAGAUUGGUUACAUAUUGCUAGAUUAACUAUCAAUCAAAAUCAUAAGAAUUAUGAAAAUAUUGGUGAUAGAACAUUAGCUAUUUUCAUUGGAAGAUAAUAUUAUGGAUUCUUUACUUAUAAUGCUAUUAAUAAUAAUCCAAAUAUUGUUUAAAAUAUAAGAUAUGAUGAUAAUUUAGAGGGAGAAUGGAAUUUUAUAUAUUUUUCUUAUUCUUCUGAAUUAUAAUUAGCAGCUGGUUUUGUAAUGUUUAGUAAGCUUAAUAAAAUCUAAAGAAUUCAAUUUAGAGAUAUUUAACAUAAACCUAUAGAAAAUUAUGCAAAAUUGGUGAUAGGAAAUGAGUUUUCAUAUUAAGGAUUUAAUGGACAGAUAACAAAUUUAUAAUUAGGAUUUGGUUAAAGAUAUUAUGUUCAUGAUUCGGAUGGACUUAAUAAGAUGAUAUUGGAAUUUUAUAAUAUUCCAUAAGAGGAUGGAGAUGAUAAUAGAAAAGUGAAUAUUGUUGAAGAGAUGAAAGAGAGAGUAUUUAAUAAUGGGCCUGAUUAUAAAGAAAUAUUAGAUUAGAAAGGAACUGGAGAAUAUGCUAUGUAUGGAUGGUUUAGAUAUACAAGUACAUAAUUAAAGAGUUCAAAUAAUUGUAUAAUGAGAUUAACUAAUAAUGAAUAGGGAUACAGAGGUGAAAUAAGUAGAGUGGGUGAUAGAACAUUAUUAGUAAUGUUAUAGCCAGGUGAAUAUGUAUUUGCAACUUAUUCAUUAGGUAAUAUUGAUAAUGGAUUGGUUGUAAAUAUAAGAAAACCAACUCCAUAUAAAAGUAAUCUAGGAUUAUGGACAUAUAUUUACUUUGGUUAUCAUUUUUAAAAAAGAAAGGCAUCAGGUAUAAUUAGGUAUCCAAGUGGUGAUGCUUUAAUUCCAUAUGAUAAUAUCUUACAUAUGGUUCCAAAUUAUUUAUUAUUCUUUUUUGGAGGAGAUGGAAUGCUUGGAGGUUGGCAUGGUUAAAUGCAAAAAGUUAAUUUAUUAUUUGGAAAAGGAUCUUUUGUAGAUUCAACAAAAGGAAAUUAUGAAGAAAAAUUACCAAAUCUACAUGGAGUAGAAACUAAACCAUUAAUUUGGGAUGGAAUUGAUAAUAAAAUUAUUGAAGUACCAAUAAUAGAUAAACCAGCCUUAGAUAUUGUAUUUAAUAAAGAUGUAAAUGGAUUCACUGAAUAUGGUUAUGGAUUAUGGACUAGAUGGUUAACUACUAUUCCAUUAAGAAUUGUAGAAAAAGCUCCAUUUCAUUAAUUAAUUAGAUUAACUAGUACUGAAUAAUAUGAAGAUGCUGUUUAACUAGGUAAUAGAGUUUUAGCCAUUUGGGUUGGUAAGGGAUAUUAUCACUUUACAACAUACAAUAAGAUAGGAAAUAAGAUAUCCAUUUCUUAAAAUAUCAAUUAUGAUGAUAACUUAGAAGGAGAAUGGAAUUAUAUGUAUUUCUCAUUCACAAAUAAGUAAUAAGCAAGAGCAGUCGGAUUUGUGUAUUUUAGUGAAUAAUCAGGAACAGCAAUUUCUCGAGUUGAAUUUCUUAAUUUAGAACAUGUGCCUAUUAAUGGAUAUGCUAGAGUUGUAGCAGCAAAUAAAGAAUUUGGAUAUUAAUCAUUUAAUGGAAUGAUUGCGGAUUUACAAAUACAUUUAGGAAAUGGAUUUGUAGGUUCUAGAGAAUAAUUGAUUAAAGAAAUCAUUUAACUUAAUCCUAAACCUCCAAUAGAUAUCAAAUCUAAAAUGGAUGUUAAUCUCAUCAAAGAAGAAGUCAUCAUCAAACCAGAAGAAAAAAAAGACUUUAAAUAUAAAUAUGAAGAAUAUAAAGGAGUAAAUGAAUAUGCUGUCUCUGGUUGGCUUCAAUCUAAAGUUAUGGGUCUUACAGAAGCCUAUAAAAAUGUAUACAGAUUAACUAUCAACUCUCCUGAUUUCUAAAGAGAUAAAUAAUAUGCAGGAGAUCGAACACUUUCCUUAUUUUAAAGUAAAACUAAACUUGCAUUUUCAACAUACACAUAUGGUAAUUUAGAUACAUAAGGAGAUGAUAGUAAUGAAUUUAAUCGGAUAAUUAAUUCAGAUAAAAGUAAUGGAGAGUGGGUUUUUGUAUACUUUGGAUAUUAAUUUAAAUCAAAAUAAGCAUUUGCAUUUACACUUUUUUUGAAUCAUUAAGAUAGUGCUCAAUUUAAUAAUAUUAAACAUUUUGUUCCUAAUUAAUUCUUUUUUUAUUUGAGUAAUGAUGGAUAUUAUCCUAUAUUUGAUGGUAGUUUAUUUGAUUGGAAUCUUUAUUUUGGAGAUGGAGCAUAUACAAAUAAACCAAGAUAAAUAAUUAAUUAAUGGCCUGUUGAACCAAUAGUUGAAUUUGAAGGAGUAAUUUCAGCACUUUUAUCAAAUAAGGGUCUAAACUCUAUGAAAGUAAUAAGACCUGAUAUAAAAGAAGAAGAAGAAAUAAUUUUUAAGAAUAAUUUCCCUAAAUCUGGAAUUAUUACUGGAAAUCCAUCUCCUCGUUCUGGUCAAACUUAAGUUGAUGCUAAAGAACCAAAAUCAGGAGCUAUCAGUGUUGUUAAAUAACCUUAAUCAGGUUAAUUUAAUGCUCAAUAAUAAUAAUAAUCAGUAUAAUAAUAAUAAUAAACGAGAAAACCAUUAUCUGGAAUAGCAGAUUCUAAGUGA